AUGCAACUCAAUAGCUUUGCAUUUGAUGCGAUGGAAGGAAGCAUCAGUAAUAAGGAAGUGUGGACACCGGAGAGGCUGGAGAUGGCAAAGCUGCGUCCAGUGUCAGCACCAGUAGAACCAGGAUCCAAUAGCGAGAAAACCACGAGUGCCAGCAACAGUAUCACGGGCAGAAACGACAAAAAUAGCGACGACGGGAAGGAGAAAAGACCGAGCAAAGAGAGCGACCGCUCGUUGCUGCAUAUGCAGUCCAAGACUGCGAUGGCCUAUGCUGACCCUCGUCCGUCGUUUACAAACGAGGUACAACGUCAGACGCAGCUACAACACAACUUUAGUCAACGUCACCAACAGCAACUGCAGCAGCAACAGCGUCGAGCAAAGAUCGUAGACGAACGUCGACGGACUAUGGUGUGGCCGAGAGAAUCUGCAAGGGGAUCGAAAGAAACGCGUCUCGGGGAGAGUCGUAACGGUUGGAGCAACGAGAACAGCACAAAUGCUGGACGGGGGGAUACCAGGUCAAGUGGUAAUGACGUCGGACCAAAUGGCGGAAGAGAUAUUAGCUCGAUGCUGCCUCAGAUUCAACAGCUUGUUACCAACAACGGUAGCAGUAUGGACGAAAUCCAGGACUCGGCGUCUAACACGUCGUCGUCGUCCAAAGACAAGCGCAGCUACAAACUGAGCCACACGGUUCCAGCCGAGACAUGGGAGAAGGCCAUCAGCAGAGUUGGGGUGUGCUGGUUACGUCUAUAA